UUUUGGCUGGUUUAGAAUUGAGCGACGUGAAGUUGGUAUGCCUGCGGCCGGGUGUUCGGUAGCGCAUUGUCGCACGUUCUUGCCGCUGACUUCAGCGCGUGUAUUUAGUUUACUGCAGUUUACGAUACGAGGCCGAGGAGUGCGAGCGGUUCGGACUUUUGGCGGUGCACAUCGGUGCGUAAAAUGCGAUCUGGUUGUGACGGUGAACGACUCGCUGAGUGCUAGUCGCAGUCGCUUCCUCCUCGGCCACAGGGUAGUGAGACUCAAAGUGGAAGAAAACGGCGGGGAUAUACGGCGGACGAAAAAGAGAGAGUAUGCGACCGCGCCUCUGCGACGUUACUCGGUGUGUCGAUGAGGAUGGGAAGUGUUCCGACGACGACGACGACGAGGGACGCCAGUGAGAAGUGCGAGAUAACGUCGCUGCGAUACGUGCAGUGCAUCAUCAUCGCCUAGGAAUGCUAUCGCCGUCCAAGCAGCAGUCCCAGCAGCAGCAGCAGCAGCAGCAGCAGCAGCAGCAGCAACAGCCACUGAGAGAUAGAAAGCCGUCGAGAGAGUACAAGUUCGAUCAACGAGCAUCACAUGUGCGUAUAAAAAAGGGCCAAAAACCUUUGGAAAAGAAGUCGUUCUAUUUGGACAUAAAGAACCAUGCGAUUGCGACCAAGUUAGAGGUGAAGAUCAAGGAGUUGGGCGGAACGGUUGAGGUCUUUCUAGUGCGCAGUGUGAGUGUUGUGGUCAGCGAUAGAGUGGACAAAGCGGGCUACACGAAUUCUGAGAGGCAUAAAUGGGUUUGCGGCAGCGGGGGACCACGCUCGCUCAGAAGUGUAGAAGUCACAACGCCUACUCCUACACCCCCAACGCCGCUCUUCAGCUCUGAAUGCCCCUCGUCCAACUCUGCUAAUCUACGGGGUCAAACUACCCAGAGAUCUAAAUCGCGGGUGGAUGCAAUGUUGGAACGUGCUCUGACACAGCCACAACAGUGUUCCGUGGAUCUACUAGACAACGCCCAAAGUUGGGGUAUUCCUAUCUGGUCGACGGAUAAACUUCUGACCUGGCUGGAAAAAAUCUACGUGUCUUUUCAUGAAAAAUAUAAUUUGAAGCAUCUGAAGCAAAUCAAUCAGUAUAAGCCAGAGAAAGAUUUGAAAGUUAAGAAUCUGAAAGGAUCGUACAUCAAAUUUGAAUCCUUUCGCAGGAAUACCAGACCCGUGUUCCUGGAAUUAUCAGCGUGGCCGACGUUAAACUUCGACGGUGAUCCAGGCUCGUGUCCCUUCGACACGAAGAAGCAGGUGAAGCAGGCCGGCAGAUUAAUUGGCAGAGAAGUUAAAGAGAAUAAGAAAAAUAUUGAAUACAUAAACAAGGAGGAGCAGAGUAAAGAAAUGACUCGGAGACCCCGCGCCACUGCCGCACGUGCUCGUAGAACGGAACAGUUGGUCUCUGGUUACUGUGAGAUUUGUAGUACUCGUUAUGACGAUCUGACGAAGCAUGUGCAAACCGAGCAGCAUGUAAACUUUGCGCGGAACGACGACAAUUUUUUGUCCUUGGAUAGGCUAAUCAAUGCAGGCGCUAAUGUGGAAGCGUUCCUAAAACUGAAUGGAACGAAGGAUAUAGAGAAAGACUGUAAUUUGUUCCCCAAUGAAGAUAACAAUCUUCACAAUGUAGUACUGCCCGAAGAGAAGGUAACCAAAAACACCAAGACUUUAAGCAAUUUUAGUGUCGAUGAGAUAAAAAUGGUGCAGUGUAAUGGUGCGCGCAGAAACCUUAAUUUAAAGUUGAGCUCGCCGCACAAUCUACGUGCUCGCGCGAAACACGAGAGCGGUCACCUCCUGAGGUCCAAGGGUAGCCCAUGGCACGAGGUCGAAAAGAGCGAGAAGUUCUACGACAAGUUAGAAGGCUAUACUAUCAAGAAACGUUCUAAGGGCACUAUCUGGAUCGAAGAGGAGGAUCCGGAGGACAAGUAUGCGGAGGAUAUUAUAAAGGAGCCCAAGCAGGAGGACUACAAGAUCAAACCGUUUUCGAAGGACCUCGACGAGGUAUAUCACACUAAUAAUAAGGAAGAUAAUGUCAAUAGUAAGCACAACACUGAGCCGCCGAAUCUGCAACAAACAGUGGUGCAUACACAAAACUGUAUUAUAAACUCGCGUCGUAUAUCGGAAGAUGCGGACUAUCUCAAAAGCAAGGACCACGACAAACGUAACGGUGACGAGAACUCUGGUCCUUUCGAGUGUACGAUCAACGAGAAUGACGUGGUGGAAAAUAAUUUUAUCGUGAAUAUAUCCAUGUUGUGCAAUGACGAGUCUUUUCACAGGGACAAUUGUGCACUGCAAACGAUGGAUGCGAGAAAGUUUGCGGACGAUACCGCACUCCUCGACACGACCGAUAUCGUCUGCAACGGGCAUAGCAAGAACAGCCGCAAGCUUGACCACACGGUGGUGAAGCCGUUGCAGGGGGAAAACACUCGGUACGUGAAGUCCAAGCAUCAUCCACGAGCCGGUCGAAGAGGCGGCAGGAACAUCAGAGGUCGGCACCGGUUAUCGGUGGAGGAGCGUCUGAUCGAAGACAAUCGCGCUUAUUACAAGGUCGAAGUACUGGGGAACAAGUUGCGAUCAAGCGCGAUACCAGGUAGCAAUUCGCAGCAUGCGACGUCCAAGGACGGUGAUGACGAAGAGAAGAAGGAAGAGACACCGUCCAGCGAGAAGCCAGUGGUUGUUAGAUUCAAGCGUGUGAGGAAGUCGGAAUUGUCGCUACUCAGCGACGAGGCGGAGUCCUUUAUGUUCGGCGAGCCGAAGCGGGACGAUUCCAGUGACGUUAG